AUAAAGACACUAUAUAAAUAUUCAAGUAUUUUAAGAGCAAUAAUUAGUUUGGAAUUCUGGGCUGGGAUAGUUUCUUCAAAUUAUGUAUCCAACUGACGUUGACAUAUUGACAUCAGUGGCAAUUUGACAGUUGUGUUGACAGUUUAGAAGUGUCAAGUCCAUAUGAUAGUUCUUUGUUCACAGUUUUUCCCUUAUCAAUUUUAAUUAUAGCUGAUAAUGUACUUAAGUGGUUAAAUUAACGGCUCCUUCCGUCUCCUUCACAGUGCAGAACUAUAGAAUGAGGACGUCAGUUAUGAUGAAUUGUUCUUUAAUAAAUAAUGAAAAUAAUUCAAUAUUUGGGGAACGUAGAAAUCAUUUGAUAUCUAUGUGGGAUAUAUUAUUUGGAGAUCAACCUAAAGAGUGGAUAGGAUUCAAGCCAGCUUUAGGGGCAUAUGUCUACCCUUGCUAUGCUUGCCGUAAUUUAUUCUCUUCGUUAUCAUCGUUGCAGGAUCAUGUUAACAGAAGAAUUAUAGUCUUGAAAUACAAUUGUUACAACUGCCCAAAUGAAGAUUUAACUUUUUAUAAUAGAUGCUCUCUUCUAUUACACGCACGAUUACACUUCACCGAAAAUGAAGGACAAAUUAACCUUUCUGAAGUAAAUACUUUCGCAUUACCUUUACAUUUAGCAGGAUUUUUACCAAUCGCUGACAUUCCAACACUAUAUGAAUGUGAAGAAGAUGCAGCUAGUGAUGAUAUUUACUUUAAUGUUCAGUUUUACGCUCCGAACAUUCUUGAUCAUGGAAAACAGGUUAUCAUUUUAAAACCGACUGACUUUGUGUAUAAAGAACCUAAUCAAACUUUAGUUUUAAAGCAAAUUUGUAAAACCAUACCAAAGUGUCGAUUUAUUACUGCAGAAGAACAAUUAAGUCUGAAACAACAGUUUUUAUCGGAAAAUGAGACUGACGGCGAGAAUGCUAAUAUAAAAGUAGAAUUAUUCGACUACAUAGAUCAAAUUACUUUACCUAUUAUAUCCAAAGUUGAAUCCUUACAUGAAAAAACUUAUAACAUUCCUCAUUGCUUAGAAUGCAAAUCUAUUCAAAAAGGCACCAUGGCUAAACACUAUCAAGGUAAUAAUAAACCAACAGAUCCUAAUUUAACUUGUCCUGUUUGCAAAUUCGUGGCCUCGACCAAGUGUUCAUUUAAAGCACAUAUUAGAAUCCAUAAUGCUGAAGCACCACAUGUUUGUCCAGAUUGUGGAAAAGAUUUUGAGGAUUCUGAAAAGCUGCAGAAGCAUUUAGACGAUGUGUGUUUUCAUUUGGCAAAGAACGUAAAAUUUCGAUGUGCUGGAAAGCGAUGUGGGAAACUAUUUGCUUCGGAAACUAAUUUGGCGCUUCAUUUUAAACAACAUUUUCAAUGUGUUUGUACUUGUACAGUAUGUAGUGGUGCCUUUUCAGAUAAUGAAAGUGUAGAAAAACAUAUUGUAUUUCACAAUGGUAAUUGUUCAUUUGAAAGAGUGUUCAAUUGCUCUCUUUGUGUAGAUAAAGGGCCACUAAAUGAAAAUGAAUUUAAUGACCAUUUAGAUAGUCAUAUAGAUGGUACUCGUACUGGUGUAUAUGUUUAUAUGUGUCGUCACUGUCGUAACUACUUUAGAUCAACAGCUACAUUUGCUACACAUUUACUGAAAUGUAAUAGUAAGCAUUGUACUGAUGCUGGAACAUUUCCAAAUUGUGAUAAUUGCAAGAAUCAUAAUUAUUGUGAGGCAAGGAAAUCGUUUGGGUUUUGUAUUAUUAAAUCCAAGCGAUCAGUUAAGAAAUCCAUUAUAACUAUUAAGAAAUAUUUCUGUAUCUUAUGUUCCGAACAAAUUCAAUUGGAAAAUAAACUUAUCCAUAUGAAAAAAUGUCGAUAUGCUUGCCCAGUAAUUUUACUUCACAAAAUAAGUGAUAAAGAUCUGAAUAUUUCUUUUGGAUCGUCUUCUAGUGAUUCGUUUCGUAGCGAUAGAGAUAUCAAGAGGUCAUCAAGAUAUGGCGAUUCUCCGAGGUCUGAUGAAAAUUCAAGGAAAAAAAGAAAGAAAAAUUUAACUAUGAGAACUAGGAAAAUUGAAAAGGAUAGAGAACCCGAUUUAACUGCUGAUAAACCUAUAGAAUUCGAUGGUACUUACUAUUGUAAAUUAUGCGAUUACAAGAAUGUAGUGCGUUCCGAAUUUCACAUACACAUUCGAUCUCACAGAGACAUUUCAACGUCUUAUCAAUGCAUGGAAUGCGGAGAAUGCUUUGUUGUUAAACCAACACUUAUUAAGCACCUUCUUCAUUUCCAUAACGUUUCUGACUAUCAAUCUUACCUGAAUGAAAAUGACUGCUACGAUGUAAACGCUGUUAAAGAACUAGAAAAUAUUAUGCGACUUGCACCAGGUGAAUCAAAAGAACCCGUUAAAAAUAAUCAGUGCAGUGUUUGUUUGGCGGAAUUUGAGGAUGGUGCCACAUUAAAUACACAUUACAGGAGUCAUGGAAUGGCGUUUUUACUCAAGAAUGUUAAAUAAUUGUUUUCUAUAUAAUUGUGUUUUUCUUUUUGAUUUUUAAAUAUUAAUAAAGAUUACGAAAAAUUAAAAACGUACGAUACUUUUGACCCUCAACACACUGAUUGAUCCGCUAAUGAAUGAAAAGCUUUAGUAGAUUUAUAGAAAACGCAUUCAAAUAAAAUUGAAAACUAG